AUCAUCGGCUAUAAACGCGUGAAACGAAUUGCGUGGCGUCAGUUCGUGGUUUCAUCCUGCAUUUACGUUUCGUUGCUGCACGUAUAUAUUUACCGCGCGUGCUGAGUGUUAUUCCCUUGUCCAUCGUGGAGGACAAAUUACCGAAACUGAGAUAGAAAAGAGAAUAAAAGAUGAAGGUCAGGAAGAUCAACUUAACAGCUGUGCUGCUUACGCUGUUACUGUAUGCGACCGUUUCUCAAAGUGAAUCGGACGAAUACGAGUAUCCGGGGGGGGACUCACUAGAGAACUUGGGACUUCACAACGAUCGUUGGAGUCUAUAUCACGACCAUGUGCCACGAUCGAGAAAGGAAGACGAAGACGCUUUUCGGCAUUUCAAACCCCGCGUCAUGUACAAUCCUGACAGUGUGCUCUUCGAUGCAAUCGGCGAUUUGGAAGAAGACGAUGAUUUCAGACCCGAGAAAAAAUUGCAGAUUGACGAAGUUGCAAAAACGGCUGAAGCGGAAUCUAGCACAGUCGCAGUUUCAACUUCGACAACAACUGCGAAAGCGACAACUGAGAAAACGACCGUGAAAAUUACAUCUGCGGAAACUACAACUGCGAAAACUACAACUGCGAAAACGACAAUAGCGGAGACGACAACUGCGGAAACGACGACAGCAGCGGUAACCGUUAAAAAUAUGACUGCGGAUAGCGCGAUCAAAAAAUUGGUCGAAGGCGAGGAACCCUACGACGAUGAUGUGAGCGAGAACGAAGAGGACGAAAGCGACGACGAAUACGAUGACGACGACGAGGACACGGAAGAUGAGGAGGAGGUGUUGCCCGAAUGUCCUGAAUAUUGUAAAUGUGCCGGGGAAUAUGCAGCUGCUACAACUGCAACCUGCACCAAAUUCGUGGAUAAACAAUCGUUUGGUACUGGCAUUGUUCAUCUGCGCAUAGAAAACGCUGGACAAAUUCGUCUCGGGCCUCACGCGUUCCAAUCGAUGGGUCUCCAGCAAUUGGAGUCUAUUUUGAUUACGGAUACGCAGAUCAUCGAGUUGAAUCAAACGGCGUUCGAUGGAAUGUCGUACUUGUUCUCCGUGAAUUUGACGCGCAACGAUCUCCAAGAAAUCCACCCGAACACUUUCCAAAAUAACAAACAGCUUACAUUCCUUGCCAUUUCCGGAAAUCCGCUGAAACACGCGCAAGAUUCGAAAUUCAAGCACGGUCUCUUCGAGGCACCAUCUGUGACGGAGUUCGACUUCUCCUUCAACGGCUUGACGAAAUUGAAGCGUUCGAUGUUCGCAAAAAUGCCGGGUCUCGCUUAUAUCAACUUGAAGGGCAACAAGUUAAAGGAAAUCGAUAACGGAGUUUUUAAUACAUUAGAAUCGCUUUUCGAAGUGGACCUCUCGAAUAACUUAUUGAACGAACUUCCUGUUGACCUUUUCGCUAAGAGUGGAAUCGAAACGCUUCGCAUUGCCGGAAAUAAUUUGGCAACAUUAAGCACGAUACAAGCGGCAGAACUGAGGUUGUUAGAUGCGUCUAACAAUAAGAUCAAAGUGAUCGCAAAGGAUGAUCUUUCCAACAUGCCCUUACUGGAUCAGUUGAUACUUAGCUCGAACGGUCUUAAGAGGAUUCAUCAACACGCGUUCGCCGAUCUUGACGAAAUGACUCAUCUCGAUAUCAGCGACAAUAAACUGUCCUCCUUGACGGAACAUCAUCUGAGGAGCAAUACCAGACUGCAAGUUCUGAUAAUGAACGACAAUCCUGAGUUGGAAACUUUGCCAGUUUUCAAAACGUUCGGACUUGAAUAUAAUACGUACAACAUCUACCGAUUCGAAUGCUCGAAUUGUGGCUUGUAUUUCCUCGAGAAAGAAACCUUCUACUCUAUGCCGGCAAUAACGCGAUUGAAUCUCUCCAAAAACCGAUUGACCGGCCUACCAAACGGACUUCUGAUCGGUCUCACAUCUUUGCGAGUCCUUGAUCUUUCCGACAACAUAAUCAAUACCUUGGACAACAACAUGUUCCACGGUGCUACCAGCUUGACUAAAGUCAGUCUUGCUGGUAAUCCUUUGGUAACGUUACAAGUAACACCGUUCCUGAUGGCUACCGAGCUUACCAAACUCGACGUGAGCAGAUGCGCUUUGGAGAGAGUCUGGAGCGAAGCUCGAGUCCCGCUGACUAGUUUACGAUAUUUGUCAGUUCGGCAUAAUCCUCGUCUUCGUCGAAUCACCGUUGAAGAACUAAAGGCAACGCCAAAUCUCGUUAGUUUGGAUUUGUCACAGAAUUCUCUCGAUUGUGAUAACGAAUUUAAAGAUGCCGUGCAGUGGCUCACCGACCACGGCGUAGCAUCGAUCGAAACACCCAGGUACAUAAGCAACUAUGCUAUUAGCGACACUUACCAAGAUUCCGAUGGCAUCAGUCAAUGGACAGAUUUAGCGAAGAUUGUCUGCGGCGGCAUAGUCGAGGGACCACCGGCACGGCCCGUUCCUCACAAGAAGAAAUGUAAAGUGUUCUUCGAUGAACUCGAUACGUCGGACGACUCGGACUCUCUAUUAAAGAGCAUCGAAAACGACGAGGAACUACUUAAAUUGCAAAUCGAUCACGGACUAAAGUCGAACGAAGAAGUCGAGAAAGCCUGGACCGGCCAGAACCAAGAGUACGAAGACUUCGUCGCCUCGGAAAGCAUAGAAUAUCAACCCUGGUAUUCAAACGCGUUUUGGCCGGUGGUUAUCGUGAUCAUCAUAACGUCGAUGAUCCUUUUAUUGACGGUACACAUCGCGAUCCACUUGGCGAAGCGACGUGGCCAAGGACCCGUUAUCAGACCGCCGAUGAUCCUUCGAGGACCAGGCUUGAUCGACAACAAGAAGAACUGUGGCUUGGUUUAUAAGCCGCUUCAAGAAGAAAUCGCUACGCCCCAUGCACCGAAGCGUGGAAGCUUUUAUUCCAGCAGUACAUUCCACUACGAUAAAAUUGUGCCAGAAAGCGUUUAAACUCCUCGAGGGUCCACGAUAUGUCUGAAGAUCAUACUUGACCCGAGUCGCGAUUUUUAAUGAGUGAAUUGUAUAAAUAUAUAUUUUUACAUUCGAAAAUCACAGUUUGAUUUAAAGAGAUAUUAAGAGAAGCAAGAGACACGAUGGAACGAGUUUUUAUUAUGCGUAUACGUAAUUGAAACUUACGCUCGAAAAACGUGCCAUUUGCAAACAUACUAAACAUUUAUCAGUGGAUAUACAGAUUCCGUUUCAUAAUAUCAUAAAAUACUUAGAAGCGAUUUAACGUUUAUAUGUAGUUUUCUUAUUUUAAACGCAGGAAAGCACGUUUUUCAGAAUGCUUAACAUUUCGCGUACGUGUAAAGAUUUUAUGAUACUUAACACAAUGUACGGUGGGAAUACAUAUAUAUUUUUUAUUAUUGUAAUAUCGUAGGCAAUCAAUAUUUUCUCAUUUGGAACGAUUUCUUACACAUUGAAAUGACAAAAUCGUAAUAUGUAAUUGUAUACACAUUACUUAAUUAAUGUGUGACUAUAAUAUUACGUUUUCUUCGUUUAAUAAUUUUAGUAAACAGGGUUUUAAGAAGACGAUCGAUAUAAUUUUGUGUUUUAAAUUAAAACAAUCCAAGUAUACCAUAAGUAUAAAAUAAUAUUCUGUAGUACGAGAGUAGUACAUUAUCACUGUGCUAUGCAUUAUGCUACGUGUAAAUAAUGUAUAACGUCUUAAUAAAAUUUCAUUAUAAAUAAACCAUAA